AUGAAUCCACGCUAUAGGUUUAUAUUGAGAUUUUACUCUUCGAAAAGACCAACCUUCCAUAAUUUAGCUCCUCCGAAGACUAACGUAAACGAACUGCGCACUAGCAAUAGUCAAAACAAGGGCAAACAUAAGGGCAAACUGUUGGUACUCGUAGGAACUUUAGCACUCGUGACAUCAGUGAUUUCGGUAAAUUAUCAAAAGAACAAACCAGUUGAAUUUCUUGAAUAA